AUGUGGACAGGAGGAGAUGAUAGGCAUCCUUAUUAUUCUGAAUACGACAAUGUAAACUUAACUCCUGAAACUUAUCAAGAAAAAGAAAUCGGCAAUUUUUCCACUUCUAAAAGCCACGAGCAAUCUCCAAAUAAUUCGGACCAUCACCAUGACUUAAUUAUCAUUAUUAGCCUGGUGGCCAGCACUCAAUUCCUCAACGAAAAUAUUCCCUUUUCCCAAGUUCUCUUGGUUAUCGACAAAGAGGAGAAAGAAAUUAUUGACCGACAAGAAGCCUUGCAAAGAGCCAAAAAUUUGGGUCUGGACCUUUUUUGCGUGGCCCCAGACAAAAAUCCUCCGGUUUGUAAAUUAAUUAAUUAUCAAAAAUACAUCUUUGAAUUAAGUAAAAAAAAGAAAGACAAAAAGGAAAAUGUUUGUAAAGAAGUCCGGAUUUCUCUCAAUAUUGGCGAAAAAGAUUUAAAAGAUAAAUUGGAAAGAGAAAAAUGUCAAAAAAUAAUUGCCGAGUUAAAAACCAGAUCUCCGAAAAUUGAAUUAAAAGAUAAUAUUCCCUAUAAAAUUAAUACAUUAAAAACUGGCAAAUAUGUUCUCAUUUAUUUUAAUUCAGCCCGUCCGCAAGCAAAAGAAUUGGAAAAAAAUGUUUUACAAACUGCCCCCAAAGAUUUUCUUAAUCAUAAGGAAUUAAACGAAAAAAAAAAAGAUGAUAUGGCCGAAGUUUCCGAGACGAUGCCUGAGACAGAUGAAUCACCAACAGAAGCCAAGCCAGAAUCUAAGCCCCCAGAAAAAAGGCAAGAACCUUUCUUUCAUUUUAAUUUAUUUGUUCCGGUUCCCAGUGGUUCAUUGACAGUUUUGCGUUGUAUCAGCCAGGGAGAAAUAGCCGCAAGGAUUAAUAAAGAGGUUCAAGAGCAAGAAGUAAUUGAAGUCCGGGGCUAUUUGAGAAAUGAAAAAGAUAGCCGUCAAAUAUUAGUUAGAGUAGUGGAAUUUGAUAAACUCGAUAUAAGUUUUGAAAAAAUUAGUUUGGAAAAUUCUAAUCAAGUGCGGCUACUUGGCAAAAUAGUUAGUGAGUGGCAAUUUGUUGCAGAAUACAGACAAAAACCGGAAGUAUUAUCCUUUAAAUUGGCAGUUCCCCGUGAAGGAGUUAGAUCACCACUUUUCUUUUGUCGAAUCAAUGAGAAAGAAUUGGUAGACGAAUUUAAUGAAAAAUUACAAAAAGGUGAUGUUAUUCUUUUAGAAGGAUUUUUACAAACCCAAAAAAUAGUGGAGGAAGAAGAAGGAGAAAAAAAAAUCACUCGCAUUUCCUCAAUUAUCGCUUACGGGUUUACUCUCCUUGACAGUGAUUCAACGGAUAUUUUCCGACCUCUUGAUAAUUUGACCCGAGUUGUCAAAAGCAUCAGAAAAAUCGAUUUUAGUAAACCUAAGCCUAAGGCCGCGGCAGACGAACCAAGUUACAAAAAAAAAAUCGGUCCAAAAACGGACUAUUUUUGUCAAGAAGAUAUUGCUACUGCUCGCAAGUUUAUCAAUCGGCAAGGGCGGAUUGUUCCCCGCAAAUAUAGCCAAUUGACCCCUAAAAAUCACCGACGAGUUGCCAAAAUUAUCAAAAGGUUGCGGCAAAUGGCUCUGAUACCUAAUGAAAUACCAAUUUACACUAGUUCCAAAGGGCAAAGUUCUGUCUAUACGAAAGGUGCUUAUGCCGGAAAAGUUUUUGGAAGUUAUGGUGGCUACGAAGUCGGAGGUCAUGCCGGACACCAUAGUGGCACAUAUGCCUCGGAAAAUUGGGCUCAAUGCGGAAUUUUAUUUAUUAUUGUGGCAACAAUUAUCAGUAUUAUGAUGUUUCCGGGUUUAGAAAGCACCCAGUCAGACACUAAGCAAGAAGUUCCUUGGCACCGCACCAAAGUUUUUUCCCUGGGUAAAAACGACCAAAUAAAUUAUAAAAGUAUGAAAAAACGAGAAAAAGUUAUUUUUUUGCAAAAAAAUAAGCGGGGCUUUGUGGUGAAUUAUCUAUUGCCUCGCAAAGAAAUUCGCCUGGCGAAUGAAAAAAAUCUUGCCUGGCUAGAACAAAAAAAAGUCCAACAAACCCAAACUGAGGCAUUAUUAGAAGUUGAAGCCCAAAAAAUUUAUGAUAAGAUUAAUAAUCUUUCUUUUGACUUUAUUUUGAAAAAAGAUGAAAAAGGCGAACCGUUUGGUUCAGUGGGAUUCAAGGAAAUUUUAACUUCCUUAGAAAAGGUUGGUUUUUCCGGUCAAAAGAAGCAAUUAUUAGACUUUCAUCCCCUUAAUAAAUUGGGGGAAAAUAUAAUAAAAAUUAAAAAAUUGGAAGAUAAAAAUCUUAAUCCUUAUUAUCUGAUUGUAAAUAAUGACAAUAGAGAUGAGGCUUAUUUUUGUUUUGAAAGAAUGGUAAAAGAGGGUUGGGAUAUUUUAAGUAAAAGUCCGACUCCUAUUAAUAUUGAAAUUGAAUACGAAGAAAAUGAACAAAACGGCAGAGUUUACCGAAGAAAAGGAGCAUUGGGAUUGGUUCUGGUGCUUUUUCUAGGUCUCAUUGGGGCCUUAAUUGUGGCUUUUCUCCCGGCUGAUAAGAAUAUCAUGUCCAAAAUCGCUAAACGAAUUAUUUCAAUACCCGAAAAAGUAAAAAUUAAUUUCGGAAAAGGAACCAUUUCAGCCGAAGGACCGUUAGGUCAAGGCGAGGAAUUAAUUGUUCCUUCCAGUCUGGAAAUCAUUCAACAAAAAAACGAGUUAACCACCAAGUCUGACAAUUCGGCUCUGGCUGGCACUUAUAACGCUUUAAUCUCUAACAUGAUAAAAGGAGUAGUAGAAGGACACGAAAAAGUUGUGGAAGUAAAAGGGGUUGGAUAUAAAGUAUUAUUACAAGGGGAAAAGUUAGAAUUUUCUGUGGGAAAGUCGCAUCUUAAUUACAUGGAUAUUCCACCAGAAUUGGCGGUAAAAUUAGAAGGUAAUAAAGUAGUAAUUAAAGGCAAAAGCAAGCAAAAAGUUACGAGUCUAGCCGCAGCCAUUAGAAAUCUCCGUCUUCCUAGUGUCUACAAAAAAAACAAAGGUAUUUAUUACCUAGGGGAAGCAGAAACUAUUAAAUUAAAAGCCAGAAAAGCAUCAAACAACGAGAAAAAAAUGCGUCGUAAGAUUCGCAAGAGGAGAAGCGCUUUAAUUAAAGGCUCCUUGGCGAGGCUUCGGGUAGUGUUAAGUGAAUCAAAUCGCUACUUGCGGGUCCAAGCCAUCGACGAUGUGGCCGGUCACACUCUCCUUGCCUCUUCCACUCAGGAUUUCGUGGAAGAAAAUAAUAAUUUUUCUCGCAAAAAUAAGGAUUGUGCUAAAAAAUUGGGCGAAUUUUUUGCUGAAAAAUUGAAAAAAGCCGGUCAAAAAGCAGUCAUUUUUGACCGCAAUGGUCGCCCUUACCGGGGCAAAAGAAAAACCGCCCAAAAAAAGGAAAAAGUUAUCGAACUAGCCGAAGGCCAAUUAGUCGAUGCGGAAGAAAUUAAGGAAAAACCAACCCCAGAAAUAACCAAUAGACCAGAAUCUACUAAGGGCGAAAAUGGUUCUGGUCGCCGUUUCAGUUUCACCUCUUUGGCUUUAAUCAAGGAUGAGGAAAAAAAAGGUGUCGCUUACGCUCAUAUGGGUGGCAAAGAGCCUAUGAAAGCCUCCGCUAAAGCCUUUCGCAAAGCCCAAAAAAAAUUACUUAAUUAUUUUUCUACAGCACCCCGCACUAUCCCUCGUGAUAUAACAGUUCACUAUAACGCAACUAAAUUAAUUUUAAAACCUACUCCGCCUGGCAGCGGCAUUAAAGCCAGUGAAAUGCUGGCUACGUUAUGUAAAUAUUUAGAAAUUAAAGAUGAAAAAAAUAUGAGUAUUAGCAAUUAUUUAACUACUAUUGUCAAAAAAAGCAAAACGGUUGGUCGGGGAGACAAGACUGCGGGCCGAGGACAAAAAGGCCAAAAAUCCCGCAAAAGUGGUCAUGUUCGUCCGGGAUUUGAAGGAGGACAAACCGAAGUGGCACGACGUUUUCCCAAGCGAGGUGGCGGAUUUAGGCCCGACCGAAUUUCUUAUCAGGUAAUCAAUUUAGCCCAAUUAGAGGCGGACGAGAAAAUAACCAAUGGUCAGACGGUCGACUUCACGCAGGAAAAAUUUCCUGUCAAAAUAUUAGGGACCGGAAAUUUCACCAAAAAUUUAACUAUUCAAGCCACCGCUUUCUCUCGCCAGGCUCAGGAAAAAAUCACCCAAGCGGGAGGCAAUUUUAAAAUAAAGGCAAAGAAAAAGUAA